AUGGCUUAUAUACUAGAGUUGGCGUCUGCUCGCGCGACGGCCGAACGAAACGAUGAGCCCGCUUAUCUACGAAGCGAAACUCUACGAUUGCUCAAAGAGCAGGAGCGCGCUCCUACGACGCUUUCAAAUCAUCCGAAUCCAAGCGGUCUUCCGGUUUGCUUCAUCUGCACGAGACCAAUUUUAGGAGUUAUGGCUCGUGCUGCCGGAAAAGAUCUGCACGAGGAUUGUCUUUCGUGCGCCACUUGCGGAAACUCUCUUCGCAAUGUCGGACAUCACUUCAUCGACGAUAAGUUCUAUUGUGACAUUCAUGGAUCGCAAAAGAAGGCCGGCGGAGCUCGGCCGGGAAUGGAUCCCAACAUUUUUGUGAAGUCAUCUCCGACGGCCACUCAACCAGUCUACCGACAGGAGAGUCCGCGAGCUGCCUAUCAGCCUCAAGUGAACAGCCCACGACCAGUCUCUGUUUCGCCAGCUCCGCCAGGUGGAAGACAUUCCGUCACUACUCACUAUCAUACACCAAAAACUCAGGGAAUUUUGAGUCCUUCGCAACGUGGAAUCCCAACUGCUGUAUUUGGUGCUGAUCAUUCGAAGACGGUUUCAUAUGGUGGUGGCACCCAAUACGACACUAAUCGUCUUUCGCCAGCACCAUCGCAAUUCUCAAAUGUUUCGCAGAAGACUCAACAGCAAACUGCGCCGCCAAUGCCAUCCAAUCCACCGCCAUCGAACCAAAAUCAACACCAAAAUCACAAUCAUAGUGAGUCUCGUGUCCCAGAGUCUGUCCGCAGUGCUGUUUCACCACGUCGCGCCACGAAAGCACCUCGACAGUGGCCUCCGCCAGAAAAUAACAACAAUUCUCAGAGAUAUUGGAAGAUUAAUGCAGCUGAGACUCUCAAGAAGGAGAAGCCGGCGACAUAUGGCUCCGAUUUGGUAGCACUAAUAAAGGAAUGCGAAGCGGACAAGGAACCACCGAAAACCGUGCGCAAAAAGAGAUUGUCAAACAUCAGUAAGGAUCAGGUUCAGAAGGCGUUUGAAGAGCAUCGAAAGAGACGACAAGAAGAACCAAAAUCAAUAACAUCGACGCAGCCUUCUGAAGUUCACAAGCCCAUUGCAAUUGUCGGAAGACCGUAUUUCGAAGAAGACGAACCUCUCCAGAGCUAUAUUGUGAAAAAUCCCGCUAUCAGUUUCUCAUCAUCGUCACAAGAAUGCACUAGUAUACAAACGAGAGUAACACGACAUGAAGUGGUUAAUCAGGAAGAGCGGCCGAAUACUCUCCAGCUUCCAUCGGGGCCGUCUGUUACAGAUUCAAGUACUUCACCGAUUCCUUCGAUCCGAUUACACAGGAAGCCAAUUCCUUCUGUUUCGAUUACAAACGCAUCGGGUCCGCCGUUAAUUGUUGAAACAGAAAAGAAAGAAGAGGCCGAAUUGCCGAAGAAAGCAAUGAAACGAGUUGAUUUCUCAAAGGCAUCCCCAGUUGCGAUUGAGACGGAAUGGAAGCAACAUUCAGAUAUUGUCGACGAAUCCGAUAUUCUAACAGAAGCAUCGAGAGAUGAGGACAGUGUUUCGCUAGCCAAUAUGCAAUUGAAAACCUACGAUGGCGAUGAAUCUGAAAUGAUUGAUGAUGUUACCAGCACAUUUGAGCUUGAUGAGGAGCCGAAGCAAGAAGAUAAGCAUGAGCAAUGGAGACAAAGAGCAAUGCAGUUACUCGAUGAUGAUUCGCAAACAGAACGAGAUCUUAUGAUUGUCGCCGCGUUGAACGAAAGACUUCAAGGCCUUCGAGACAUGGAAGAGGACGAUCGGAUUCGAGCGAUUGAAUGCAUCGCCAGACACCAAAACGAUCUCGAACAAACACAAACGCAAUUGAGCAAUUUGCUCGAAAGCGCCAUUCAAUAUCUUCGCAACUUACAAACCGAUGAGUCCGAAGAACAAGAAAUGAAACCUCCGAUUCCGCCGGAACGACAUGUGUUUCCAUUUUUCUCAAAACCAGCGCCUUCGAUAACUCAAAGUUUGCAUGAUGUGCUUGAUGAACAUCGUAGUAUUCAACAAGCUCCUCCAGCUCCACCAACUCGUACGGUCAGCUCGUCAGAUGCUGUCGAAGAUUCGAGAAACUUUUUGGCGUCACGUCUCGGCCAAUGCUUGAAUCUCGAAGGAUCUUACACCAAGUCGUCUUUCGAGCGAACAACCACCGAAACAAGACCAUAUGACGCUGGAAACGGAAACGGACAAAAUGCUGGAGAAUUCCGCGGCACCGGAUCGUUGAACCAGCAAUCGGUUGGCGGAAGAAUCCCAUUCUGCGAGGCGUGCAAACAACAGAUCAGAGGCGCCUUCGUUUUGGCCACUGGCAAGUCGUGGUGCCCAGAGCACUUCGUUUGUGCCAAUUCGUCAUGUCGUCGUCGCCUUCUCGAGUGCGGAUUCGUCGAAGAAGACGGCCAAAAGUUCUGCGAGACUUGCUUCGAGCAACACAUUGCUCCAAGAUGUGCCAAGUGCUCAAAGCCAAUCGUUUCGGACUGUUUGAAUGCUCUUCAAAAGAAAUGGCAUCCAACGUGUUUCACGUGCGCUCAUUGCCAGAAGCCGUUCGGCAACAGCGCAUUCUAUCUCGAACAAGGAUUGCCCUAUUGUGAACAAGAUUGGAAUGCUUUGUUCACUACGAAAUGCGUUAGUUGCCGCUACCCGAUUGAAGCCGGAGAUCGUUGGGUUGAAGCUCUCGGAAGCGCAUUCCAUUCCAACUGUUUCACUUGCGCACGCUGCAACCACAAUCUAGAAGGCGAAAGCUUCUUCGCCAAAAAUGGGCAACCAUUCUGCAAACUUCACGCCUAA